AUGGUAUGGGGUACAAACUCACCUUGCUGUGGAGCUGAUACGGGGAGUCUCGAACCGGGACAGGUGAACGAUAUGGGUGGACCAAAUGAUUUCGAUCCUGUUUGGGCCCGAGCUAUCAGGCCGAACAUUCCGUUAGACACUUUGAAACGGAACGGGACGUCGAGUCUCUCGUAA